UUAUAGGGAAAACCUUACUGAACAUUCUUUGGUUAUACCGCCGUUGAUGUAAACGUGACAAUAAUACACACGUACACAUGAGCGCAUAUAUAUAAAUUACAAUACAUAUAGAGACCUCUCAAGAGAGAACGAAGACGAAGAAGAAAAAUGGACUGCAGAAAACACAAGCACCAAGGCAACGAAGGAGUAUGCCCUUCUUGUUUAAGAGAUAAACUCUCUCGCUUACCCAAUACGACGACGUCAUACUACAUCAUAAACCGAUCGAAUUCCUCUUCCACCACCGUCUCGUUUUCUCCCUCGUCGCCGCCGACGGCGGUUAAGGAUCACCACCGGAGAGCUGGUUCGAUGUCGAUAUCGUUCGCUGUGAGGGAAGCGUUGAGUGGUAAUCUGAUGGAAGGGCUGAAGAAAAGCAGAUCUAUGGCUCAUGCUCCGAGGGAUUCGUAUAUCGUUAGUGAUUCGAAGAAGAAGAAGACUGGUUUUUGGAAGAAGCUGCUUCAUCUGAAAGGGAAAGGCGGUGGUGCCGACGUCGGUGGGUUGGUUACUUCACGGCAACGCGUCUCUUAACUAAUCGACCAACUUUUUUUCACUCGAAUAUUUUCUAUUUUGAUUGUGUACAGUUAGUUACAGAUUAAAAAGUUCUAAUGGUGGAAAGUAAUGAUAAAGCGAUUUUUUUCCUGA